GUACGUGGGUCAUUUUUAGUGAUUUUGUGGUGUGAUUUUACACAAUAAAUAAAGGAUUAUAAUAUUGUGUUAGUGUACUAUCUGAGAAAAAAUGGAGAAGAGAAUAGAAUUAGAGAAACGGGGCAGAACUCCUAGCGAAAUUAUUGAAUUAAAUUUGGACAACUGUCGGAGCACUACUAUUAUUGGUCUCACUGAUGAAUUCACAAAUUUAAAAAGUUUGAGUCUCAUUAAUGUUGGCCUUACAUCAUUAAAAGGAUUUCCAAAAUUACCCAACCUAAAAAGGCUAGAACUCUCCGAUAACAGGAUAUCUGUUGGUCUAAAUUUGUUACACACAAGUCCAAACCUUACUCAUUUGAAUCUUUCUGGGAACAAAAUAAAAGAUUUGGAAACAUUGCUACCUUUAAAGGAACUAAAACAUUUGAAAAAUCUUGAUCUUUUUAACAAUGAAGUCACAUCAAUUGAAGAUUAUAAAGUCAAAGUAUUUGAACUUAUUCCUUCACUUAAAUAUUUGGAUGGUUUUGAUUUGGACAAUGAGGAGGAUGAAAGUGAAGUGGAAUUUUUUGAUGAUGAGGAAGAAAAUGGAAAUGAGGAUGAAGAAGAAACAGAUGAAUCAGAUGAAGAUUCAUCUGACUAUUAUGAAGAAGGAAAUGCUCGAAAUAAUGAGCUAGGACUUUCAGCGGUGUUUGAUGAUAAUGUUCUUGACAUGAGUGAUGAAACUGAUUAUGAAGCAGGAGAAGAAGGCAAUGAGGAAGAAGAUGAUGAAGAUGGAAUUGAAGAGGAGGAAGAAGAAGAAGAAGCAGAGGAAGACCAAGCUGCUACAGCGGAAGCAAAUGAUGCUGAUUCACCAGCUCGGGGAAAGAAACGGAAGCUGGAAGAUGGUGAAGCCAAUUAAAGCUAUAUUUUGUAAUGUGAAUGUGAUGCUGAAUUAAAGGUGUGGUUGGACCCAGAAUGCUAGAGGAACAGUUGUGAAUCGAUUGUAAAUCAUAUAUACUAAGCUGUACAUCCCGAUGAUUGAAAAUUGACCAAUUUAAUGCAAAAUUUCAUCUGGAAAGAUAGCAGAAAAACUGGUAGAGUUUUACGGUUUUUUGAAUAUCCAUCUUUUUUCUAAAUUUUCUAUGAACAUAUUUUAAGUGGAAUAACAUUUUCAAAAUAUGGUGGUUGCAAUAUUGCAAAUUCUCGUAUUUGAUAUUAUUUUUCAAUAUUUCCUUAUAUGCCUGAUUAUAAAAUAAAAAUGCUUGAGAAUUUUCAGAA